AAAACAGCUGAUUUGCACCUUUACCACGCCGUAUCAUGGCGGCUGCGAUGGGCCACUGUAUACACGGUGUAGAUGAUGAGUACCUUGACAUGGAGGAUCUCUUCGAAACAAUAGAACCUCCGGAACCAGAGGAAGGAACUGCUCCACGUGGAUGGACGAUCCGGAGGCUACGAGACUUGGUCUCUAUGAAUGUAUCACAAGCUUCGGGUGGAUCAGGAUCAUAUCCAGCCACAUGUCAGCAAGUUGCAGCUGAUCAGCGGUGCAAGUCAGAUGGCUCCCCACUGGAGGCCAAGCAGGAGACCAAGAAGGCAGCGAAGGCCCUUCGAUUUCAGGAAUCUGCAGACUUCAUGUCCCCGAUGUCGCAUUCCUCGCGCUUGUCGCAUUGUACAUCUUCCUCGCUGUCCUCACCAUCCUCCCCUGGCUUGCCCACCAAAAACGUCGUGUCAAACUGGUCGAUGGACUCCAGUGAACAGCAGUUAGAGGAGGAAGAAGACCGAAAGCUGCAGCUCUCCAUGGAGGCUGCUUCGGCCAAACGGGAGAAGGAAAAGAAAAAGUUUAGCGUUGCAUGCGUCCGCAGCCAGGAACCGCCCCCGCUGGAAAGAAUAAGGCCAGAAAUGUCGAAGCUAUGGAAUCGCAGGGCAAGAAACACCUCUGAAGAUGACUGCAGCAGUUUGUCGACGCGUUUGCCUCAAGGUGGCCGCAUUUCGCUUUGAUGUUCCUGAGAUGCCCACUGCAAGCUCGGGCGAGGCACUUGCACUUGGCUGAUGCUUGCUCUACGCCACAGUUCCUGCGUUCUUUUCAAGCCACCCUUGGCUGCUGCACAUGCCAAAUCGUCAAGACACCCGAAACUUAGAACUGACUCCACCGGCCGCCGGCACCUAGUCACUUUCAUAAAUAUUGAUGACGCUCACAUCAGGGUGGCUUAAUGCUCCGCCAAGACAGC